AUGCUAUUAGACUUAGUAAGGAGAGGAAAUGUCUAUAUCACUAAAGAGGUAGUGAGGGAAGCUGUAGGAAAUAGUGAGAAUAGCGAGGAAGUGAUAAAAUCGAACAAUAUACAGACUACAAUAGAUCUUACGUUUCUAUUUUCAGCAAUUCAUCUACGGAUUGGAGACGAUGUGCGUAAGUCAUUCCUAUGCUUGUAUUACAAGUAUCUCAUUCGGUUCUCGGACUUUAAGCGUAUUUUCAUUAGAAUGGCUCUAGAACACCAAACCAGACAUGCCGGAACGCUAACUCUUCAUCAAGCCGAUAAUCAACGCCAUUUUCUAACGGGACAUAGAGUAGGAGUAGAUCGUCACAACAAGCUACAAUACUCCGGAACACUAGUAAAAGAAGGUAUCUGGAACUAUAUGUCAACGCUAGGGAGUUCAAACAGGUGUGUAAUUCAGGACUGCGGUAGCAAAUUUUCAGAAAUGCAAAUGCAGCAAUCUCGGGAGCUAAGACAAGCAAUACUGUGGGCCAACAGAUGUUACUCUCUGCCAGUUGCUGAAAUCUACGAAGUUGAUGGCAGCGUUCAAAAACUUUUAAUUGCUGUACGCGACAUAUUUGGUGAUGCAGGGCAAAUUAUCUACCAAGUCACUACCAUAAAUGGCUUUAUGCACUCGCUAGUCGAAUUUCGAUAUCGUGAAGCGGUGACUACGGAUUAUGCUGCUGGAAACCCUAUACGUACAGUCCACCCGGACAAAGACAGCAGCGACCACAAUUUUAAGAAUAAGAAUCAAAGGAAUUCUAAUGUUAGGGGUAAAGCACACAAGGGAAAUAGAGAAUUUAGCAGGCAAGCAACCGGGGUAAUUGAAGAGGCCAACGUCUUCAUUGUCGAUAUAGCUGGAAAAUGGGCGCUAGCGGCUGGAAUGUGUUUGUACGAAAAGAGGCAUCCUGUGUCAGCACGCUUACAAGUAAAAUCCAACGGUAUCAAACGUGCUCUUAUGUUGAAUGUUCCCCGGGAGCAGGGAAUAUGGCUGACCCUCAUUAAACACACUUUUGCUGAGGGGCGUAAUUUUUUUAGGGGGUGGAUGAAGAAAGACUUUAAGGGAGCCGCUGUUGCUAGCUUCUGGUAUACUGGCUGGGCUGGCAUUAAUUAUGUCUCGGGAGAGGCUCCACUACUCGUUUAUGCGAACUUCAAUCCUACCUAUCUUUGUAAUGUUUGGUUUACAACCCUGAAAGCGAUUGCUCACUCUCAAACUCCAUGGGCUAGGAUAUGGCCUUCCAAGGAGGAAAUUACAAGCUCCUGUCCAAGCAAAGAGUAG